CCGGUUUAGAUCCCUCCACAAUAGUCGUCAACUUGACGUCAUUAGACCAGAACGAGCGUGGAGCGCAGGUGCAGCGAGUGGUCCGUCCAAUAUUAUCUUCCCCCCACCGGUGUGAGUUCGUUGCAUCGGUGCGACAGCGGGUAAAACGGGAAUUAAAAAACAGAACUCUAAAAAAUUAUUUUUUUAUAUUGAGUUUUGGUCACAGCAGUUGAAAUGGGAACAGAGGAGGGUGGUAAAGAAGAGUCUGUGGAGCUGUUCUGUCCAAGUGAAGAGGAAAUUGAGAGGUGGAUGGCCAGAGCUUUUGACAUGGCCAAAGAAGCUCUGGAGAAUGGAGAGGUGCCUGUCGGAUGUCUCAUGGUCUACAAAGACAAAGUUGUGGGGAAGGGAAGGAAUGAAGUCAAUGAGACUAAAAAUGCCACUCGGCACGCUGAGAUGGUCGCUCUGGAUCAGGUCCUGGACUGGUGUUGGCGUAGCAGCUUGGACGUGAAGAGCGUGUGCGAGCGGAUAGCGCUGUACGUCACCGUGGAGCCGUGCAUAAUGUGUGCUGCAGCGCUGCGCCUCCUCAACAUCCCCGUGGUCGUGUACGGCUGCAGGAACGAGCGCUUCGGAGGCUGCGGCUCAGUCCUGGAUGUCUCCUCUGCAGACCUGCCUCACACUGGGACCCAGUUCAAGUGUAUUUCAGGUCACAGAGCAGAGGAAGCUAUAGACAUGCUGAAGACUUUCUACAAACAGGAGAAUCCAAAUGCCCCCAAACCCAAAACAAGGAAGGAGUGAUCUCCCAAGAAACAUCCUAUUACAAGUUUUUAAUAUUUUUGUGUGGAUUUUUUAUAAUAUUAUUAAUUAAAUUAUAUUUUACAUACAUUUUUGUAUAUUGCUUUUUUUUACUAUUUGUCUAACCUUUUUUUUACCCAUUAAUAUGACAUUAAUAAAAGACAUAUCUAUUUACAGUUAUAAUUUAGCAUUAGUGUUUCUGUUCAUGCAGACUGCCACCAGAGGGCGCUAUAGACCAGCGGUUUUCCUGUCACUGAACCUCCACAUAGCAGAAAUUAAACUUUAGUCUUUGGAGUAAUAAAUACUGUAUUUAAAAGAAAUUUAUGCUAUUUUCCAAAACUAAAGGCUCAAGAAUGACAAUAACAAAUGAUUUUUAGAAAGGAGGAGGCAAAUCUUCACUGGAUGUUGUGCGGGUGAACUUUACACGCUCUUUUCUCUGUCUUGCGUAUUGAUUUGUAUAGUUUAGAAGCACACUCUUGGCCUGCUUCAUCUCUAAAUGUGAUGCAUACCACUUCCUGUGAUAUUUUUCCGAGAACGAGUCAGGCAGUGUGAGAAACUAAGGAAGUGUGCGUGUGCCUGAGAGCGCUUCUCAACGGGAG